GGGGAGUCCGAACGGAGGGGCUCGGGACCCCAUCCUGUCGCUCAGGCCGCCAGGGUCUCAGGGUCCGGGCUUCCGGGGCCGGUCGGCUGGCGGCCUCCAAGGCCGACCCCAGGACAGCCUGGGCGCGGGAGGCCCGUGGCGGAGGUUCCCAGUGCCAGGAAAACGGCAGAAGCAGCUGCGGCCGGCGCCCCCUCCCGGAGGCCGGCGGAUCGCGCUCUGCGCUCUGCAGGGGCGGGAAGGGCAGGGCAGGGCGGCCAGCACCCGCCCUGGCCGCGCCUGCCCCGCAGUCCACCUGGGUCGUUCGUCUGCAUCGCUCACCCGCCACGGGGUGGACGGUUACAACUUCCUCUCCUUCCCAGCCAUGGCCUCUGGGCUGUGAGGACAGGAGAGAUCUGAGGAGCAGGUGUGCGGGAUCGCUGGUCCAGCAGGUUUUACAGGGUCAGCUUCCAAUGGGUGGGCAGGUGAGCACUCGUGGAAGCUUCCGGAGCCUGCCCUGCACAAACGCCAAUGCAGACUGGAUGUCAGCGCUGUGUCCUCGGCUCUGGGACGUGCCCCUGCACCACCUCUCCAUCCCGGGGAGCCACGACACCAUGACCUACUGUCUGAACAGGAAGUCCCCUGUGUCCCACCGCGAAUCCCGCCUGCUGCAGCUGAUGAGCAAGGUGGCCCCGUGCGUCACGCGCCCCAUGGUGCUGAAGUGGUCUGUCACCCAGGCGCUGGACGUCACUGAGCAGCUGGACGCCGGCGUGCGGUACCUGGACCUGCGCAUCGCGCACAUGCUGCAGGGCUCAGAGAAGAACCUGCACUUCGUGCACAUGGUGUACACGACCGCGCUGGUGGAGGACACCCUCACGGAGAUCUCGGAGUGGCUGGAGCAGCACCCCCGGGAGGUGGUCAUCCUGGCCUGCAGGAACUUCGAGGGGAUGACGGAGGACCUGCACGAGUACCUGGUCGCCUGCAUCAAGAACAUCUUUGGGGACAUGCUGUGCCCCCGAGGGGAGCUGCCGACGCUGCGGCAGCUGUGGGCGCGGGGUCAGCAGGUCCUGCUCUCCUACGAGGACGAGGCCUCCGUGCGCCGGCACCCGGAGCUCUGGCCCGGAAUCCCCUACUGGUGGGGCAACAAGGUGAAGACGGAGGCCCUGAUCCGCUACCUGGAGGCCAUGAAGAGCUGCGGCCGCCCGGGGGGCCUGUUCGUGGCCGGCACCAACCUCACGGAGAACCUGGAGUACGUCCUGGCGCACCCGUCCGCGUCCCUGAAGAGGAUGACGCUGCCCAGCCUGCCCGCGCUGAGCGCCUGGGUCCGCCAGCAGUGCCCGGGGCCCGGCGCCCGCUGCACCAACAUCAUCGCGGGCGACUUCGUGGGCGCGGACAGCUUCGUCGGCGACGUCAUCGGCCUCAACCAGAAGCUGCUGCGGUGCUGACCGGCCCCUCGCCGGCGCGCGGCAGCCUGGGCGCACCCGACCACCGAGGCUGCGCCGCGUCGCUCUGGACCCGGCGAGAGGGCCACUCUGCGCAGCCUCCUCCCCGACGUGGACAGGCCCCUGGGCCCCAGCAGCGCUGCUGUCCGGUGUCUCAGUCAGGACAGGUCCAGCAGGCGUGACCUGGCCAGCCACGACCAUCAGGAGGGUCCAUGUGCCAUGGUUAGCACAGCCAUCAGGAGGGUCCACGUGCCAUGGUUAGCCACAGCCGUCAGGAGGGGCCGGCGGGCGUGCCUGGACACCGAGGCCUACUCCACCAGAAGCAUCACCCGUGGACAGACGUGGGCGCUGCCUUCCCCACCGUGGGCGGGUGCCAGGACAGGGGUCCGGUCGCCUCCUCUCCUUGUGCUUAGAGGGCCCAUCUUGAGCGCCCCGGGGGCAGUGGUCAGCCUGGGAAGUGCCCAGGCUCCUGGACAGAUGGGGUGUGGAGCUGCAGAGGCUCUUGCAGCAGUAACCCCACGCCUGGCUCUCAUCUGACUGACGGAUGCCGCCCUUUCCCUGGGCAGCAGGGGUCGGGGGGCUGUGGUCCACCUUGCUUCUGCUGGCUAUUAAUGGAGGGCCUGGGGUGGUCACUGGGCACCAGGAAGGCUGCCGGGGGAAGGUCCUGAGCACUGGCCCGGCCUUGCGUUGCUCAGCCCCUGAGAACCAUUAAAAUGAGUCCAA